AUGAUAAACAGACUCCUCGUAGAAAACGGUCCUCUUUCCAUUACUCAAAUGACAGCUAUGGCCGAAAUUCCAGAUGUCGAUAGUCGAAAAUUGAUGAGGUUUUUCACAACCCACGCGGCAGAAUUUUCACCAACUCAUACCGGAACAUACUGGUUUAAGGACACACCGGAACCAGAAGUCCAAGAUUAUUGCUCUAUUGAUAACGCCAUAAACGCUGCACUUGGCAUCCUCAAAGAGGCACAUCCACAAACAAUAGCAAGAGCCUUAUGCCUUUCAACGGUUAGUGGUUCCAAAAUUACAGAAUCUGAUGUUUCAUAUCAACUCACUCAUAAUCCGGAUUUAUAUCAAGAAAUCCGUCCGAAUAUCUUCAGAGUUUCCAGAUUUAUGAAAUUCAGAUCAUCAUUUAAGUCCGAGUCGUCAGAAUCAGAAUCAACCUCAGUUGAAAGCAGCAAAGCUGUUUUCAAUCCAAACGAUUUCUUCAAUGAUCACAGUCCGAUUCGUUUUGCGCUUACAGUUUAA